CGAACCACCACAGGGCAGUCCUUGCAGCGAAGCCGCCCCGCAACACAGCAACCUCAAGUUCGUCGACCUGUUGCGCACCACAACCAGGUGUUGAUGCUCAAUCUCAGACUCGUAUUCGCCAUCAGCCUCGCCCUGCCGGCAGCAGCCUUUCUACUGAGCUUCUUUUUCCCGCAGCUCCUCGACGUUUCGGCCACGCAGCCCGCUGCGGCGCACCACGCAGACGGCACCACCGUCUCAGGGGACUCCUCGUCGCCUCACACAACCUCGUCGUCCGUCAUGUCCUCGGUCCGCAGGGCGGCGCCGCUCAUCUUCCCGGCCAAGGGCCGGCACACGGCCACCGUCAUCUUCGCGCACGGCCUGGGAGACUCGGGCGCGGGAUGGGCCGAUGCCGUCGAGCGCUGGCGCCACAAGCAGCACCUGAGCGAGGUCAAGUUCAUCUUGCCCAAUGCGCCCGUCAUUCCCAUCACCGUCAACAACGGCUACCCGAUGCCUGGCUGGUUCGACAUUACGAGCCUCGGAGCCGCCAUCACAUCGAUAGAGUCCAAGCUCAACGAGGACACCGCCGGCAUCCUCGAGUCGCGCAAGUACCUGCACUCUCUCGUCCAGGACGAGGUCGCCGCGGGCAUCCCCAGCGAGCGCGUCGUGCUCGGCGGCUUCUCCCAAGGCGGCGCCAUGAGCAUCUUCGCGGGUCUCACCGCGCCCUUCAAGAUUGCCGGCAUCGUGGGCAUGUCGUCGUGGCUGCUCCUGCAUCAGACGUUCAAGCAGCACGUCCCUGAGGACGAUGCAAACAAGGCGACUCCCGUCCUCAUGGCCCACGGCGACAGGGACCAGAUAGUCCGUUACCCGCUCGCGCAGGGGUCGGAGCGCCUGCUCAAGGCCAUGGGCUACGACGUGACGCUCAAGACGUACAGUGGCAUGGAGCACUCCGCGUGCUUGGAAGAGCUGGACGAGGUAGAGGCUUUUUUGAGGGCGAGGCUACCGCCUCAGGGCAACUAAUGUCGUGAGGAUGAGAUGAUGCAACAACUCUCGAGACGUCGACGCCACUAGCUAAGCCUCGGUGAGAUUUUUAGAGGGCUUGAUCUAAUAUAGCAGAGAAGAGUAUAUGUAUUGAUUACAGUACCAAAUAAAC